AUGUCGUUUGAUUCCUUCAGCAUGUAUCAGCUUGAUACGCCAAAUAUGCUAGGUGGCCAGAAUGCCCAAUCUUCACAUGACAACUUUCAAUUAAGUCCAUUCGAUACCUGCCAAGUCCCUGGCAUGAUUCAGUAUCAAAUGGAUAUGCAGCAAGAUCUACAGGAAGAUGAGGAACCAAAAUCAAAUCCGAGGCCCAAGCUCGGCUACAAGCGAGCCUCAUCAGCAUGCAAGCAAUGCAGGCAUCGCAAGAUAAGGUGUAUCGCCUCUUCUUCCGACGCCCAAGCUCGUUGCGUCAGCUGCGUUCGUUUGAAGAAAGAGUGCAGCUCUUACCUCACGGGCCGGUCAUCUGCUGAUGGCUCUGAUCUCAUUCGAGUAGCCAGGUUCUCUCCUUCUACCGAUGGAGGCUCAGACGCAUAUGAUCUAGCACAGACUUCUGCCAGCAUGGAGCAAUAUCUAGACAUUCAAAAGCCACCGUUGGAUUCCUCCAAAACGAGGGCUACAGCUUCAGUAGCCCCCAUAGGCAAUGGCAUCUCGUGGGCAGAUGACUUUGCAUCUGGAAUGAGAGUAGAAGGCCAGGUUAAUCUCAACAUGAGAAGCCAAAGUCUUCCAGAAUGGGAUGCUGCAGUCAUGGGGCAUGUUUCAAAUGCAAACGCAGUCGACUUCGACUCGGACCACAGGGGGCAGCUCUCAGAAGUCCCUGCUAUCUCACACUUCCCACCACCAAUGGAUAUGUCAAUUCCAUCAACUUCAUCAAUCCCACAGCACGCAAACCCUCUAUCUCAAGCAGAUCUCAACUUUUCGUGGGGCUCAAACUCCUAUGCACUGCCAAUACGGUCCCUGUCCGGGAUGCCUGAGACCGUGAAUAACGGCAACAUGGUCCACGUAGGCGGGGAUGCUGUCUUUGAUUUUCAGUCGAGCCCUUCCCCCGGCACCAACCAACCAUUUCCUUUGCAGAUCACCCUGGCAGCACAGGGUCGCAGUCAGUCGUUGCCUUAUAACGGUUAUACCUUUGAUUCAUUCUGGGAAUGAUGAUUGGGGACGCCCAGACGACGAGCUAGACUCUCUAGUAUAAGUACCAGUAUUAUAGGAAGGUAAAAGACUGUAUGACAUGGCGUUUAUUAUAGCGUUUGGAACGAUAAUGAGUUAUUGGUAAUGGAAAGACUGUAUGGACUUCAUUGUGAUAGUUUAGAAAGGUUCAGUCGACGGAUCGUCACAUCAGCUUAGUGUGUUUAACUUUGAGUGUAUUUUUAACUUCACUCUGUCCUUUUUUGAUCCUUGU